AUGGCGAGCCCGGCGCCCCCCUGCGUCCUCUACGAGGUGGACGACCGCGGCCGCGCGGACCCCGGAGGCGGCCGGGCGGGGGGCGAGGGCGGCGCCGCGCGGGCCCCGGGAGAGGACGGGCCGCCGCGGGGGGAGGCCGCGGGGGCGGGCGCUGCGUCGCCGUCGCCGGCGCAGACACCCUGCAGCCUCCGCGCGUCCCUGUGCUUCAGCUCCGGCGACGACUCUCCGCCGCGCUCUCCCGGCUCGGCGGCUGAGGGCGCAGCGGGGUCCCCGCCCUCGCGGCGCCGCGGCCCGCGGGUGGUGCAGACGCAGCGGGAGGUGGGCAGCGGCGCCGCGUCCCCCGAGGAGGAGCCCGAGGAGCCCGCGCCGGUGCCCCCCGGCGUCGGGGCGGCGCACGGGGAGCCGGACCUGGUGCUCGAGGUGUCGGGCCGCCGGCUGCGGGCGCACAAGGCGGUGCUGGCGGCGCGCAGCGACUACUUCCGCGCGCGCGCGUCCCGGGACGUGCUGCGGGUGCAGGGCGUGAGCCUCGCGGCGCUGCGGCUGCUGCUGGCGGACGCCUACAGCGGGCGCAUGGCGGGCGUGCGCCCCGACAACGUGGCCGAGGUGGUGGCCGGCGCGCGCCGCCUGCAGCUCCCGGGCGCCGCGCAGCGCGCCACGGACGCGGUGGCCCCGCAGCUGAGCCUGGCCAACUGCUUCGACGUGCUGAGCGCGGCCCAGCGGCAGCGGCUGAGCGAGCUGCGCGACGCCGCGCUCCGCUUCAUGAGCGACCACUACCUGGAGGUGCUGCGCGAGCCCGCCGUCUUCGGGCGCCUGUCGGGCGCCGAGCGCGACCUGCUGCUGCGCCGCCGCCUGCGCGCCGGCCGGGCCUGCCUGCUGGCCGCCGCGCUCGGGCCGGGCGCGGAGCUCGCGGGCAGCCGCCCGCAGAGCCCGUCGGGGGACGCGGACGGCCGCGGGGACCCGGCCGUCUACUGCUACCGCGCGGCGGAGGGCGAGUGGCGCGAGCUGACGCGGCUGCCCGAGGGCGCCCCGGCGCGCGGCUGCGGCCUGUGCGUCCUCUACAACUACCUCUUCGUGGCGGGCGGCCUGGGGCCCGCGGGGCCCGAUGGCCGCGCGCGCCCGUCCGACCAGGUCUUCUGCUACAACCCGGCCACGGGCCGCUGGAGCGCGGUGCGGCCGCUGCGCCAGGCGCGCUCGCAGCUGCAGCUGCUGGCCCUGGACGGCCACCUGUACGCCGUGGGCGGCGAGUGCCUGCGGAGCGUGGAGCGCUACGACCCGCGCGCCGACCGCUGGAGCGCCGCGGCCCCCCUCCCGCGGGGCGCCUUCGCCGUGGCGCACGAGGCCGCCGCCUGCCACGGCGCCAUCUACGUGUCGGGCGGCUCGCUCUUCCACCGCCUGCUCAAGUACGACCCGCGGCGCGACGAGUGGCAGGAGUGCCCGAGCAGCAGCAGCCGCGAGCGCUCCGCCGCCCUGGUGGCGCUGGGCGGCUCCCUCUACCGCUUCGACCUGCCCGGCGGCCGCGGGGACGCGGGGGGCGCGCCGGCGGGCGACAUCCGCGUGCUCCGCUACCACUGCCUCGCCAAGCGCUGGAGCCCGUGCGCCUCGCACCUGCGGCCGCCCGGCGCGCCCGCGGGCCUGCAGCCCUUCCGCUGCGCCGCCCUGGACGGCGCCAUCGUCUGCGUGAGCCGCGCGGGCACCUGGCGCUUCCUGCCGGCGCCCGACGGCCCGCCCGGCGGGGAGGCGGGCGCGGGGGGCGCCUUCCACCCGGAGCCGCUCGGAGCCCCGCUGGACGCCCGCGGCCUGCUCGUCCCCUUCGUGCUCAACCUGCCCGAGGAGAAGCAGAGCAGAGGGGACGAGGCCGCCAUGUAG